ACCCUACACCAGAGCCCUUAACUGCUGAAUUCUAAUAGAAUCCAAAGUAUACCCCAAAGCAAAUGAGAAAAAGAUUGUUUAACCCUCUCUUCUCUUACUCGAAAUCACUGCCUUUUUCCUCUCAAAAUCCCCAACUUCCCCGCCAAUUCUUCUUCUCUCCACUCACCCACUUCAUUUCCACCUCUUCUGACAAUCUCGAUGGCCUGAUCGAUCCAAACGACCCAUUCCCGAUGCAAAACAACCCACGGGUCGAGCCCGUUUCAUCCCAAGACUUUGCCUUCAUAAAGACCGAUUCAAAGCCUUCUUCACAACCUAAACUCGAUGCUGGUAAGUUCUCUGACGUCGCCGUUUUGAUUGCCAAUGCCAUUCUGAGUGACGAUGGGGAGUUUGGGAGCAAAACCCAGAUUUUUCUUAGGCAAUUUAGGGAAAGAAUCAAUGAAAAAUUGGUCGUUGAAGUUUUGAACUUGGUGAAACUGAAACCUUAUUUGGGUGUUAAGUUUUUCAUUUGGGCUGGGAGGCAAAUUGGGUAUAGUCAUACUGCUGCUGUGUUUAAUUCUUUAAUUGAUUCGUUGGAAUCCGGUGCUAACGACCGAAUUCCAGAGAAAUUUUUGUUGGAAAUUAGAAAUGAUGAUAAGGAAGUGCUGAAAAAGUUGCUUACUUUAUUGAUUGGGAGAUGUUGCAAAACUGGGUGUUGGAAUAUGGCAUUAGAGGAAUUAGGUAGGCUUAAGGAUUUCGGCUACAAGCCGUCGAGAGCUACUUACUGUGCAUUGGUUCAGGUGUUUUUGCAAGCUGAUAGAUUAGACACUGCUCAUUUGGUUUAUAGAGAGAUGUCAGAUGCUGGGUUUCGCAUGGAUAGCUAUACACUAAGAUGUUAUGCCUAUUCCCUUUGUAGAACAGGGCAAUGUAGUGAGGCCCUUACAUUGAUCGAGAAGGAAGAGUUCAAGCCGGAUACCGUUUUCUACACUAAAAUGAUAGCCGGGUUGUGUGAAGCUUCGCUUUUUGAAGAAGCUAUGGAUUUUUUGAAUAGAAUGCGUGCUAAUUCAUGCAUUCCUAAUGUUGUGACAUACAGGGUUUUGCUUUGUGGCUGUUUGAAUAAGAGACAGCUCGGUCGGUGUAAGAGAAUUCUUAACAUGAUGAUUACGGAAGGCUGUUAUCCUAGCCCUAGCAUUUUUAAUUCUCUUGUCCAUGCUUAUUGCAAAUCAGGAGAUUACCCUUAUGCAUAUAAAUUGCUAAAGAAAAUGAUGAAAUGCGGGUGCCAACCAGGCUAUGUGGUUUAUAACAUAUUGAUUGGUGGCAUUUGUGGCAAUGAGGAGUUACCCGGCUCAGGAGUGCUAGAAUUGGCCGAGAAUGCUUAUACCGAAAUGCUUGCUGCUGGAGUUGUACUUAAUAAGAUCAAUGUCAGCAACUUUGCCAGGUGUCUAUGUGGUGUUGGGAAAUUCGAGAAAGCGUGUAAAAUUAUCCACGAAAUGAUGCGCAAAGGCUUUAUACCCGAUACUAGUACAUAUUCCAAAGUGAUUGCUCAUCUGUGUGAUGCCAAAAAAGUAGAAAAAACUUUUCUAUUGUUCGGAGAAAUGAAAAAGAACGGUGUCCUACCUGAUGUAUAUACAUACACAAUUUUAAUUGAUAGUUUUUGUAAGGCUGGUCUGAUAGAACAGGCUCGUAGUUGGUUUGAUGAGAUGGUAAAGGGUGGUUGUGCCCCUAAUGUGGUGACUUACACUGCCCUAAUACAUGCUUAUCUUAAAGCAAGGAAGGUGUCCAAGGCAGAUGAACUCUUCGAGACGAUGUUGUCGAAAGGUUGCACUCCGAAUGUUGUUACAUAUACAGCUUUGAUUGAUGGCCAUUGUAAAGCUGGACAGAUUGAAAAAGCUUGUCAGAUUUAUGCUCGAAUGCGCACAAAUGAGGAAAUCCCGGAUGUAGAUUUAUAUUUUAAAGUGGUCGACAGUGAUACCAAAGCUCCAAAUGUUUUUACAUAUGGAGCUUUGGUGGAUGGUUUAUGCAAGGCUCACAAGGUCAAAGAGGCCCAUGACUUAUUGGAAGCCAUGUCCGUGGUUGAUUGUAAGCCGAACCACGUUGUGUACGAUGCUCUUAUAGAUGGAUUUUGCAAGGUUGGGAAGCUAGACGAAGCACAAGAGGUGUUUUCCAAAAUGUCUGAGCAUGGCAUUAGCCCAAGUAUUUUUACCUACAGUUCAUUAAUCGACAGGUUGUUUAAAGAUAAACGACUGGAUCUUGCUUUAAAAGUCUUAUCGAAGAUGCUUGAAAAUUCUUGCGCUCCCAAUGUCGUCGUUUAUACAGAAAUGAUCGAUGGCCUAUGUAAGGCUGGUAAAACAGAUGAGGCCUUUAAGCUUAUGCUGAUGAUGGAAGAAAAGGGGUGCUAUCCUAAUGUGGUGACUUACACUGCAAUGAUUGAUGGCUUCGGCAAAGCAGGUAAAAUCGACGAAAGCCUCGAGCUUUUAGAACAAAUGGGAUCCAAGGGUGUUGCUCCAAAUUUCAUCACAUAUAGUGUUUUGAUCAACCACUGUUGUAACCUUGGCCUAUUGGACAAAGCUUAUGAACUUUUGGAAGAGAUGAAACAGACAUACUGGCCGAGGCAUAUGGCAGGCUACCGUAAGGUUAUUGAAGGUUUCAACAAAGAGUUCAUAAUGUCUCUUGGGAUCUUAGACGAGGUCGGUAAAACCAAAUCUCUGCCAGUUAUUCCUGUUUAUAGAGUGCUUAUUAAUAAUUUUAUAAAGGCCGGGAGACUAGAGAUGGCUUUACAGCUUCAUCAUGAGAUAACAUCGUUUUCACGAGUAUCUGCAGCAUAUUGUAGUACAUAUAAUGCCCUUAUCGAGAGCCUUUCACAUGCGCGUAAGGUUAACAAGGCUUUUGAACUGUAUGCCGACAUGACAAGGAAGGGCGGAGUUCCAGAGCUAAGUACAUUUAUUCACCUUAUUAAGGGGCUCAUCGCCGUGAACAAGUGGGAAGAGGCACUUCAGCUUUCGGAUAGCUUCUGUCAGAUGGAUAUUCAAUGGAUUCGAGAAAACGAGACGGCCGCUGUGGCCUAGGCUUGUUUAAACAUUUGGAUUCCGGUUUACUUGAUCGAUCACCGAAUGGUUGUGGUAAAGUUCUGCUCUAUAUGCAUACGGAAGCAGAAGACAUGGCCAACAAGGGAAUACUUAACAAACUGAGAUAACAGUCUCACAUAGACCUUGGUCGUUGUUUAAAGUCGUUUUGAAUCGAAGCAAGCCAUGCCGACUUUAACCGAGUAUCACUAUUCGCUUAUUCAAUCUAAUAAUGGUUGUAUGGUGCAAGAAUGUAACUAUUUGCAUCACACUUGAUGCAUAUGAUGCAAGGUGGCACCUCCGAAGCUCAGGUGCAAUUAUCGACCAGUAGUUGUGUCUUCUGUCCGGUAACCGGACUCCGGUUAUAUUCUAUAGCUUGUAGAUUUGUUCAUAUCCUUCAGCUGAUAAAGACUGCUUAUUCAUUAUGGCUUGAUUGCAAUUACAGGACUUGGCUGGGAGAGAAACGGGUUUUAUUCACCGAACUUGCCGAACCAAAGCACUUCAAAGUUCAACCGGAAGUGACGGUGGCCGGUGUGAAAAGGCCCACCACUCACAGCUUCCG